AUGAGUAACAUGGCUAAGCUUUUCUCUACCAGAGGAGCCAAAUCCACAAUCAUCACCACACCUCUCAACUCCAAGAUCCUCCAAAAGCCCAUCGACCUAUUCAAGAACCUGAACCCGAGUCUCGAAAUCGACAUCCAUAUCUUCGAUUUCCCUUGCGUGGAGCUCGGGUUACCAGAAGAAUGCGAGAACGUCGAUUUCUUCACCGCAAACAACAGUGAAGACAAGGGGUAUAUAACCUUAAAGUUCUUUUUGUCGACAAGGUUUUUCAAAGACCAGCUUGAGAAACUCCUCGAGAAAACAAGACCGGACUGUCUUGUCGCCGACAUGUUCUUCCCAUGGGCUACCGAAGCUGCUGAGAAGUGCCAUGUGCCAAGACUUGUGUUCCACGGCACUGGCUACUUCUCUUUAUGCGCUGGUUAUUCCAUCAAAGUUCACAAACCACAAAACAGAGUAGCUUCGAGCUGUGAGCCAUUUGUGAUCCCUAAUCUCCCUGGGGACAUAGUGAUAACUCAAGAACAGAUCAUUGACGGCGACAACGAAUCCGGGAUGGGGAAGUUUAUGAUCGAGGUGAGAGAAUCAGAAGUGAAGAGUUCAGCUUCUACGAGCUUGAACCUGAUUACGAUCAGAGGAUUUGAGGAGAAGGCUCAGAGAGGAAAGAAAGCGAGCAUCGAUGAGGCCGAAUGCCUCAGAUGGCUUGACUCCAAGAAACCAGAUUCAGUCAUUUACAUUUCGCGUGGGAGCGUGGCUUGCUUCAAUAACGAGCAGCUGAUAGGGAUCGCUGCGGGUUUCAAAGCUUCUGGUAUAAAUUUCAUCUGGGUUGUUAGGAAAAAUACAGAUGAGAAAGAAGAAUGGUUACCAGAAGAGAUGGAGGAAAGGACGAAGGAUGGAGGAGAGGACGAAAGGAAAACCAAGUGAAACUAGUUAAGACUUGAGAGCUACUACCUCUCUCAAAAUUCAAAACCAAGUGACAACAACUUUAGGAGCUCGUUUUGAGUAUUAUUGAGCUUCAGGAGUUCAUCAAGGUUUCCAAAACAAAUGUGUUAUUUGGGCUAUCUUAGUAAACUGGGCCUAUGGGCUGGUGUACAAUUAGUUUUCAUACUAUUUUAAAUAUAAAACAUACUUUAAUAAAACUUUUGUUUAUUUCCACGUGUAAUAAUGAAAUCAAUCUAUA